UGAUUCAAACAUGGGUUCAAACCUUCGCAGCCGUUGUUGCAAUGGAGUUUGCAGAGAGCGAAUCAUCAUCAGAGUAUUGCCUAACAAAAAUUAUAUUAGCUCAACCUCAGCUCGACAGAUUGACGUUAUACCUUCGUGACUCCGUCUUUAAUAACAUUCGUUCACCGCUUGUACUCCUCGCAAAGCUGCGAAACUACCACUGCGAGACUGUGCUGGUGAUUUUGUUUAAUAAUAAUCUUACCUUGGAUCUAAGUGAUUAUUUUAGAGCAUUCACGCUGGUUCUGUUAUCAAGUUGACUUCUAUCUGUAGAAUUUUGGAGUAUUUGGAAUUGCUGGUAAUAUAUUGAAUACACCAAGCACACCACGUAAAAAUAAAAGGAACACGUGCAGUAAAUAGUUCAACGGCAACAAUGCGCAACAAUAUAAGAAUCGAAAAAAUAUAGUUGCUUACUGAAUAUUCUCGUAAAUAGUGAAUUUUGUUUGUAAGUACCUCUCUGACCAAGUGCCCAAAUUGACUAUUUUCAAAAAAAUAAUCGUAACGAUGAAGAAGCAUCGAUUACAUUCAAAUACAUCAUCCGAACCACCGGCGAAAAAAGGGCACUGGGCAUUGGGAUUAGUUGAUUCAAUGAAAGAUCCUGAGUUACUAGUUGAAGACGAUGAUAAGGUUGUAGUCAUAAAGGAUAAAUUUCCGAAAGCUGAAUUUCACUAUCUAGUGUUACCGAAAGAAGAUAUUCCGAGUAUUCUAACUGUCAGAAAAGAACACGAGGACCUUCUUAAACAUAUGGAAAGUGUCGGAACUAAUUUGGCCGCUAAACAUCCUCACAGGGAAUUCCAAUUGGGAUAUCAUUCAGUUCCAAAUAUGCAAAGAUUGCACUUACAUGUAAUAAGUACAGACUUCAACAGCACUUGUUUGAAGACUAAAGUGCACUGGAAUUCGUACACAAGUCCUUUUUUUAGAUCCUCGCAGGAUAUUCGUCGAGAGUUAAAUGAAAACGGCAAAAUAAAAAAAAUGAGCUGUGAAGAAUGCGACGCGUAUUUAAAAGGGCCUCUGAAAUGCCACAAGUGUUCGACUAUCCCGAAGAACAUGCCAGAUUUGAAGAGACACAUUUUAUCCCACAUAAAGAACUGAAUAUUGAAUUUAUGCAUGGAUGUAACUUAUAUCAUAUCUUUAUUCGAAUGUAGAAUGAAAGGAUUUUGGAUUUUGUGAAAGGUUUUAAUGAAGAAAUCAUAUGUAAUGCGAUAUUUCUGAAAUUUUUACUAUAAAUAAAUUUGAUGUUCAUGUUA